AUGCCGAUUGCAAGUGGUUUCUCUCAAGAUCCAAAUCCGAACUACUACGUUCGAAGACCAGGCAAAACAGAACUCUUAGACGAAGCCAUCUUCUACAAACACGAUGAACCAUUCGAACGACCUGUCGAAAUCGUUCAUCGACCGGUACUUAAAGAAACGAUUUUCAUGCCCGAUCGAAAACCACCUCCAUUGAUUCACACUCGUGAUACUUAUGUCGUUUCACCAGCACCACCACCGGAUCCCGAACCAGUAAUGUAUACGACAACAUCCAAUGUGGCACCAAAAGGUUCGUUUAGUCUCAUUCCAGCAUUAAACUUGAACGCUGAUUGCCCGUGUUGGUCAUGGAUCUGUAUUAUCUUUGGUUUCCUCUUAUUAUUAAGCUUAAUCGGUAUGUGCCUGUUUUUCAUCCUUAGGCGCGAAGGACGUAUUUGA